AUGGGACAAUGCAUCUCAAAGCACUCAUCGCCAUUGAAUAAAGAACCAUUUUUUGGUGCUUAUACCGAUAAAAAGGAGUUGGGUAGAGGCGGAUUUGGUGUCGUAUAUAAAGACGGAUCUUUAGCUGUAAAGGUGCGUGUAACUGAUAAAAGUUGUGCACGCCGAGAGGUUAAAUUUCUAAAGAGAUGUGCUCAUCAGAACGUUGUUGAGUUUGUCGAUUUUUGUAAACCCCCUAAAGAGAAUGCUUACUAUAUCAUUAUGGAAUACAUGGAAGGAGGUACGUUGGCAGAAGUUAGCAAAAAACAAAAUUUGACUGAACACCAAGUACGAAAAAUAAUUCGCGACGUUGCCACUGCCGUAAAACAUCUGCAUUCGAAAGAUGUUGUGCAUACAGAUAUCAAGCCGGCAAACAUCCUUUGCAGCAAAAACGGAGAAAUUUGGAAGCUUGGCGAUUUUGGUUCUGCGCAUCACUAUUCGCUAAUUGGAAAAAUAUUCUCGAAAACGUACGCUGUUACCCGCCAGUAUGCAGCUCCAGAAACAGUGGCAAAGAAAUGCUAUGGUAAAUCAGUCGAUAUUUGGUCUAUUGGUGUUGUUAUGUACGAACUGUUAUUUGAUAAACUCCCAUUUGAAGAAACAAAUGAUCGCAAGUUGGAGUUUACUUUACAAUUUCCUUCAGAGAAAGAGAAUUUUGUUUCAGAAAACGCAAAGGACCUGAUCAAAAAACUUUUGGUAAAAGAACCAUCAAGGCGUCUUACAGUGGACGGAAUAUUACAACACCCGUGGAUUUUAAACAAUUUGCCCGAUCAAAAAAAAACUGAAAAGGAGAAGUACAAAUCAGCGAAUGCAACAGAAAGGUAA